AUGCCAUCUGUAGCUGUGGCCAGGAAGCCCAUCAAGAAAGUGUCCAAAGUUUCGAAACCAGUUUCGAAGCAGGCUAAGAAACCGAUUAAGAAACCGAUCAAGAAGCCUGUUGAAGUAGAACCAAGCAAGAGUUACAAGGAGUUGAUCACCGAAGGUUUAACCUCUCUAAAUGAUCGUAAAGGUACCAGUCGUCCCGCUUUGAAGAAAUACAUACGGGAAAAAUACCCAAAACUAGCUCUUUCGAGCAAUUUCGACCUUUAUUUUAAUAAUGCCAUUAAGAAAGGUGUGGAAAUUGGAGAAUUUGACCAACCAAAGGGUCCAUCUGGUACUUUGAAACUGAUAAAACAUGCAGCAAAGAAACCUUCACCCCCUCAGGAAAAGAAACCAGUCAAGAAGUCUCCUUCUCCGACUUUGGAUUUGACCUACAAAGAAAUGAUUGCCAAAGCGAUGACAGAAUUAAACGACGGGAAAGGUGCUAGUCGCUCAGCGUUGAAGAAACACAUUCGUGAUAACAACCCAUCUACGAACAAAUCCAGUACCAAUUUCGACCACCUCUUUAAUACUGCCCUUAAGAAAGGUGUCACUUCCGGUGAGUACGUUCAGCCAAAGGGUCCUACGGGAAUAGUCAAGAUCGCCAAGCCUAAAACUAAAGGAAAAAAUCUUAAAAAUAAUCACAAACAAGAAGACAGCCUGAGCUGCCCUCCUGUCUCGCUUACCUAUAUACUCCUCUAUCUCUCGUUUUGUAAUAUUAGCCAUUCCUAUGUCUUGAAUUAG